CGUGCGUGUUGAGCUUUCGGUAAGUCUUGGAUGGGAGGGGUAUUCUAACGGCUGUCAACUGUUCUGACUAAUCACAUGGGAUCCCAUCUCCGUCCAAGCCAAUGCUGCAUGAGUGAGAAGUGCAAGCUUGAUGAGUGAUUGGACAGCAAGGUUUUUGUCGAGAGGUGCUCUCAAAAAAGUUGCAACGCUCAAGUGAGUGGAUAGCUGUCAUUUUCUUCGCGUGAAGGAGCAACCCCACGGCGUCGCUUUGCUUGAGAGCUUCCGAGCCAUCAUCGUACCGAUAACCUGGCCUCGACUCUUGCCAUUAUUGUUGCUACAGACAUCACCAUGAUUGGCGGUAGAUUCCUUCUUGCUCUUGGGGCGCUUUGCUUUGUUGCCGCUCGAGACGACCAAUUACCAGCAGUGACAGCAUCCUAUUAUGAUCCGCCAAAUCGCCUCAAGGGCCACCACAAUCCAAAUCGCAAGCUGAACAGUGAUUCUAUGUUUUCUUGGCAACAUUUUGACUCCACAUUUGCUCGCAAGAAGGACGAUUCGGAAGACAGUUUGAAGGCUUGUCGGAAAAUGCAGGAAAAAUACGGCAUCACCUGCGCCCCUUCGCAUGCUCCUUCUGGAAUACCCUCGGAGGCUCCCAGUAUCAGCAUGGAACCCUCUCUAUCCAAUCAGCCCUCGUGGGUUCCCAGUGACCGUCCCAGUUCAUCCCCUUCCUUAGCCCCAUCGCAAAGGCCAACAGAACAGCCUUCUUCAACUCCCACACUGGCUCCUACAGACCAACCCUCCAUUCCUCCCACCAUUAUGCCCACUACGUUGGCUCCUACGGUCACUCCCUUUGCCUCGUUGGUAUUGACGCGAGAAGAUGGAUCUCUAUGGCAAGAUAAUACCUGCCAAACCUCUCUUCCCGCCACAGCGUCCACGCCGCAGACGGAAGCUACCCUUUUUGAAUACUUCCUUUGGAUCACUCCCAAUACCGACGCAGAAAAAAGCAUGCAACAAACGGAACAGGCCAUUGCCACUAGUCUGGCCAAAGAAGUUCUCACGUGUACAUUCUCCUUUGCAGCCAGCGCCGAGGCACCCUUUGAAACAUUUGCCAUCUCGUCGCUUCCAGCUGAUACCCGAAAUGAUAAUGCUUGCCCUACUGACGAUAGCAUUGAAACCAUUGAUGGAGCAGAGUGUCACAGGAUUGUUGCCGGAUUCACGCCCACCAUUUUCUACAUGGAUCGACGACGACGCGAUCUCACCUUUCAAAAAUCAUUUGGCGCUCAAUCCCACAGUGAAAUUGUGCAGUACUUUGGACCCAUUCUCUUGGAGCUCCUAUCGAGCAACGAGUUUGUCUCGGGCAAUGUUGUGGGGACACAGUAUUCGGGGUUUCUACUAGGUGGUGCUGGUGGUGAUGCAGCAGCAGGAGGAGGAGGCAUUGAUACCGGUGGUGCUGGUAUUGCAAGCCCUCCUGUGAUUAUCAAUGUCAAUAGUGGCGGCGGUGGUGCCACAAAUGAAAAUGGUAGUGGGGAAUCCAUUAGUUCUGGCAGUGGUGGCGGUCCAAAUGAUACAUCGUCUACAACAACCACAACAACCGCAUCGGCCAUUCAGGGUGGCGGGUCAUCAUCGUCACCCGGCAAUGAAGGCACCAAUCCAGGGCAUAUCAUUGGGGCGGCCACCAUUUGCGGGGCAGCAGUGGUAUUGCUGGUGGUUUCUGCGGUUGUGAUACGAAGAAAAAGGCAGCGUCAAGGAAAUUUCAAACGAUGUGAAGAUUCUUCUGGAGUGGAUCUGGAUCUCGUCGAGGUGGACGAAGAUGGAGCCAAACACGAAGAUGGAGCCAAGCACGACAGCAAUCUACAAGAAGGUCAUCCCGACGAUCAGUCACGAUAUGUCCACUACAGCAUCACCAAAGUUGCACCCAAAAUGGAGGAUGUCGAUGAAGAUGAUGCCUUCCAAGCACGAUCUUAUGCCAGCGGACAAUACACAAGUUCUGUUUCUGUACAGGACUCGGAAAAAGCUCGAAAAGCUGUGCGUGGACUUCACUAUUCUGUUGUGGACGAUGAAAAUACCGUCGAUGACUCUAUACUGGACCUGGAGUCGUCCGCUGGAAAUGACCCUCACGACUAUGCAAACUGCAAGUCAGAAACCUGCUUCAAGUGCCGAGCACGGAAUCUUCCCCAACCAACAUUCCUCAAGGCCGACCUACAGGCGAUUCAAUCCGAGCUCGGGAGCACGAAGAAGUACAAACCGAGAUACAAUCGAACGUACCUGGCCGAUGAUACUGUCAACCUGUGAGGAAGAGAAGAAAGGAGGGGAUAACGUUGUGGUUUGAGCCGUCUACGGCCAACCAGAUUAGAAGAUACUUACAGGCCACGAGUCGGUCGACAGAUGAUGAUGAAGAAACUGCUGAAAGACUGCAACAAUUAACAUCACACGCAUGAGACUGGACUGACUGCUAGUUAUGGAUUGCAGACAGCCGCAGACCGAAGGCUUCCUUGCGACUAGACUCGCUAAUGUUCGUGGCCCAAACAAACUCGUCAUGCGAUACCGGAAGGCUAACACGAGUGUCAAUACUAAACUAACUGUAAAUUAUGGUACAAAGCAAACCCAAAACUAGUUCCAGUAUACAGAUUGUCUACAUGGCAC